CUUCCCCAGCUCGAAUGGGAAGCGCACAUCUGCGAAUAUGUGAGCUUCCUCGCGAAGCAGGUACGGCAGCAGAAGCCUUCGCAGCCGGGUUUCCAGAAAGCCCUCGGCAUGAAGAUUCCUCUCCUAGGGCCACGCUUCACGCCCCCCACCUUCCUACACCUCCAGAAGCGCAAUACAACACCGGAAAUAACACCGGAACAGACGUACCUGAAGCCCCUCAACGUGGUUCACCCGUUUUACUACCCGGAGCUCGCGCAGUGUCCGCGAUGCAGCUCGAGCGACAUCCACUGGAACGGCUGGUCAGGGACUGGGCACCGGGAAGUCCAUGGUAUCAGGCGCGAGGAGACUGCGAUUGGGUUCCAGCUAAAGUGCAAGACUUGCGAAGCGGAGAUGAAAUCAAGCGGUCAGCGCAAGCCGGUUGGGAAGGAUGAAGGGUACUCACUCUUAACGACAAACCAUUUAUUCUGGGAAGGGAAAGAGCACUGGGAGAUCGCUCGUGAGUGUUCAGUUCAACCGAAGCUAUUCCAACGAGCGGCUUACCUGAAAUCCUCUCAGCGGGGAUUCCGCACUUCUUCAAGCGGUGUGCUAUCACAUCUGAGCUCUUCGACUUGA